AUGACUAAGCACAGUCUUGCUCAUACUGGUGAGAAGCUUUUUCUUGUAGUAUAUGUCAUAAGAAAAGAGUUUCUGAUUGAACACAGGCGUGUGCAUACUGGGGAGAAACCUUAUUCUUGUAGUAUAUGUAAUAAGAUUUUCACAAAAAGGUCAUCUCACUACACACGGUCGUGUUCAUGCUAUUUAAAAGCGGUAGUCUUAUAUAUGUUAAAAGCACAAUAUUCUUGUAGUAUAUGCAAUAAGUGUUUCAUAACAUCAGCUGAUCUAACUAACCAUAGUUGUAUUGAUCUGAUAAUUGUGGCAUCUAGUGGUGAACUUUUACUUUCAAUGUAUGUAGUUACCUGUGACGACAGUUACUAA